AUGCAGUCCUCCCCAAACAUGCUCACUAAGUUUGAGUCAAAAUCUUCUAGAGCCAAGGGAAUCGCAUUCCACCCCAAACGGCCAUGGAUUCUCGUUUCCCUCCACUCCUCCACAAUUCAGCUAUGGGACUAUCGCAUGGGAACGUUGAUUGAUCGAUUCGAAGAACAUGAUGGGCCGGUUCGAGGCAUUGAUUUCCACCCCACUCAACCCCUGUUCGUCUCUGGUGGUGAUGACUACAAGAUUAAGGUCUGGAAUUACCAGACACGAAGGUGUUUGUUCACAUUGAAUGGGCACUUGGAUUAUGUGCGCACCGUAUUCUUCCACCCCGAGCUCCCAUGGAUCUUGUCUGCGUCCGAUGAUCAGACUAUUCGGAUUUGGAACUGGCAGAACCGCUCCUUGAUCUGCACGAUGACCGGACACAACCAUUAUGUGAUGUGCGCUCGAUUCCACCCUACUGAAGACCUUAUCGCAUCCGCCUCUCUGGAUCAAUCCGUCCGGAUCUGGGACAUCUCUGGCCUGCGGAAGAAGCAUUCCGCUCCCACGUCUGUCUCCUUCGAAGAUCAGAUGGCCCGCGCUAACCCCAAUCAACCCGACAUGUUUGGCAACACUGAUGCCAUUGUGAAAUUUGUGCUGGAAGGCCACGAUCGAGGUGUGAACUGGGUGUCAUUCCAUCCGACCUUGCCUUUGAUCGUGUCGGCUGGUGACGACCGUUUGAUCAAGCUAUGGCGCAUGAGUGAUACAAAAGCAUGGGAGGUUGAUACGUGCCGGGGCCAUUACCAGAAUGCCUCUGCGUGUCUCUUCCACCCUCAUCAGGAUCUCAUUCUUUCUGUCGGCGAGGACAAGACCAUUCGCGCAUGGGACCUCAACAAGCGCACCUCUGUGCAAUCGUUUAAGCGGGACCUCGACCGAUUCUGGGUGAUCGCUGCCCACCCCGAGAUGAACCUAUUCGCUGCUGGUCACGAUACUGGUGUGAUGGUCUUCAAGCUAGAGCGUGAGCGUCCUGCGUCUGCUGUGUACCAGAAUCAGCUGUUCUACAUCACGAAAGAGAAGCAUGUGAAAUCAUAUGACUUUGGCAAGAAUGUCGAAUCUCCUCCCAUGUUGUCGCUUCGCAAACUCGGCUCUCCUUGGGUCCCGCCUCGCACCCUUUCGUACAAUCCUGCCGAGCGUGCGAUUCUGGUCACCUCUCCCACAGAUGGUGGUACAUACGAAUUAAUCCACCUGCCCCGGGACGCGACCGGUGCUGUUGAGCCGACAGAUGUGAAGCGCGGCCAGGCUACCUCGGCAGUCUUCGUUGCUCGCAAUCGCUUCGCAGUCUUCAGUCCUGCAAGCCAGCAGGUUGAUAUCAAAGACCUGAGCAACUCCACCACAAAGACAAUCAAGCCUCCUGCCGGGACAACCGACAUUUACUUCGGCGGAACUGGCUGUCUGCUGUUCAUUACUCCUUCCACUGUCACGCUCUUCGACAUUCAGCAGAAGAAGCAGCUUGCUGAGCUUGCUGUCAGUGGAGUGAAGUAUGUCGUCUGGUCAAACGACGGUUUAUACUGUGCUCUUCUUAGCAAGCACAAUGUGACCAUUGUCACCAAGUCCUUGGAGCAGGUCAGCACCUUGCACGAGACAAUCCGCAUCAAGAGUGCCACCUGGGAUGACUCUGGGGUCCUGAUCUAUUCGACGCUCAACCACGUUAAAUAUUCGCUGCUUAAUGGUGAUAAUGGAAUUAUCCGUACUCUCGACCAGACUGUCUACCUCGUUCGCGUCAAGGGGCGCAACGUGUACUGUCUCGACCGCAACGCUCAACCCCAGAUCCUGGCCAUCGACCCGACUGAGUACCGCUUCAAGCUUGCUCUUGUGAAGCGCAACUACGACGAAAUGCUUCAGAUCAUCAAGACUUCAAGCUUGGUCGGCCAGAGCAUCAUCUCAUAUCUUCAAAAGAAGGGCUACCCCGAGAUUGCUCUGCAGUUCGUGCAAGACCCGCAGACUCGAUUCGACCUGGCCUUGGAAUGUGGAAACCUCGACGUCGCAACUGAGAUGGCCCGAGAGCUGGAUCGACCUCAAAUCUGGAGUCGGUUGGGAGCUGAGGCAUUGGCCCACGGUAACCACCAGACUGUGGAGAUGACGUAUCAAAAACAGCGUAACUUUGACAAAUUGUCUUUCCUCUAUCUUGCCACUGGCGACCAGGAGAAGCUUGCUCGUAUGGCAAAGAUCGCGGAGCACCGGGGAGACUUCACUUCUCGGUUCCAGAAUGCCGUGUACCGUGGUGACGUUGAGGACCGCAUCCAGAUGUUCAAGGAAGUAGACCAGUAUCCCCUGGCCUACCUCACCGCAAAGUCGCAUGGUUUGACCGAAGAGGCCGAGUCAAUCCUCGAAGCCUGCGGUCUUACCGAAGAUCAAAUUGCCAUUCCGUCUCUUCAAGAACCCCUCAAGGUUGCCCAUCCUAUCGUUCCUACGUUCAAGUCCAACUGGCCCGUUAAAGCUGCAGGCCAUUCUUCAUUCGAAAAGGCACUUUUGGGCGAAGUCAAUGAUGAGGAAGAGGUUGCUCAAGACUCCUUCGAGACCGGGGACCAUGACACAGCAGCAGUGCUUGCUAAAGACACCAUGGGGGAGGAAGAGGAGGACGCUUCUGGAUGGGACAUGGGCGAUGAUAUCAACGUGGAGGAGGAUGUUGAGUUCGUCAAUGUCGAAAGCACGGAAGCUGGUGCGGGUAGCUCCGAGGCUGAUUUGUGGGCUCGCAACUCGCCCCUGGCUGCUGACCAUGUCGCCGCUGGCUCAUUCGAUACAGCCAUGCAGCUUUUGAACCGGCAAGUCGGUGCGGUUCAAUUCGCACCCCUCAAGGACCGGUUCCUUGAAAUCUACAAAGGCUCCAAGACAUACCUCCCCGCCUCAACUGGUCUACCACCUCUCGUCAAUUACGUGCGAAGAACUACGGAGGAGACGGAUAGCCGCAAGGUCCUGCCUGCCAUUCCCCGCGAUCUCGAGACAGUGGCCAGCGUUGAUCUUCAGGAUGGUUACGCCGCCAUGCGCACAAACAAGCUCGAGGACGGCGUGAAGACCUUCAAGCGCAUUCUCCAUACACUGCUAGUGAAUGCAGUCUCAUCCGACAGCGAGGUUGAGCAAGCAAAGAAGAUCAUCGCCACCGCCAGGGAGUACAUCCUUGCCAUGUCUAUCGAGCUGGAACGUCGUUCCCUCUCAACUGAUACUCCCGAGGGUCUCAAGCGUAGCUUGGAGUUGUCUGCGUACUUCACAAUUCCCAAGCUUGAGGUUGCCCAUCGUCAGUUGGCUCUGAUGGCAGCCAUGAAACUCGCCUUUGCCAACAAGAACUACAACUCGGCUCUUGGCUUCGCAAACAGGAUGCUCGCCAAUGGCGGCUCCGCUAAGCUGAUGGAUCAGGCCAAGAAGAUCAAAGCUCAAUGUGAGCGUAACCCACAAGAUGCGAUCGAUAUUGAAUUCGACCAGUUCGCCGAGUUCGACAUUUGCGCCGCCUCCUUCACCCCUAUCUUCAGUGGUUCUCCCUGUGUGAUUGAUCCCUUCACUGGCGCCAAAUACCAUGAUCAAUACAAGGGCAGCGUUUGCCGGAUAUCCGAUGUGACCGAAAUUGGCGCGCCAGCUAGUGGACUGCGCCUCUUUGUUCCGGCUCAAUACUAG